AUGACAUGUGACGCAGCUAGCAUUGCCAUCCAUCCACUAGUCUAGUACUGACCUAGCAGCAGCAGCAUCAUCAGAGAGAUGUUUCUUCUUCCCCUCGUCGCCUCCACCUCAAUCUCCCGCUCCGGCUGCUUCAGCUUCUUCCCAGAUGCAGAUGGUAUUCCACGCAGUAGGAACAGCACUAGUCUCUCCUCCAGCUCCAGGGGAAGGCAAAGGAGGUUGGAACUGAGACUUCAACCAUCGUCGACUAGUCCUCCUGUUGGUCAUCGCCAUGGGCAGCAGCAGCAUCAGCAUCAUGGAAGCAUGGGAGCUGCGCGAGCCGGCAAUGGCAGCGACGGCAUUGCAACCAACCUUCCUGAAGCUGACGACUACUGCUUAACAGCGAGAGACAUAAGGUGUGUGGUGCUGGACAUCGAGGGCACCACCACCCCCAUCCCCUUCGUCGCCGACGUCCUCUUCCCCUACGCCCGCUCCAAUGUCCGUGCCUACCUUGUUGACACUUACCGCACCCGCCAGACCAUGGACGACAUUGCCUUCCUCCGCGCCCAGAUCGACAAGGACUUAGCCGAUGGAGUUCCAAGCGCCGUGCUAGUUCCACCGCCAUCAGCACCCAAGGAAGAGGUCAUCGAUGCCCUAGUGGCCAACGUGGAGGCCAUGAUCGACGCGGACCGCAAGCUCCCGGCACUCAAGCAGCUCCAGGGCCGGAUAUGGCGACUCGGCUUCGACGGCGGCGAGAUCCAGGGCGUCGUCUAUGACGACGUCGCCGAGGCUCUCGCGCGGUGGCAUGGCACCGGCGCCGUCAGGAGCUACAUCUACUCCAGCGGCAGCAGGGAGGCGCAGCGGCUGAUAUUCGGCAACACUGAAGCCCACGGCGACCUCAGGAGAUACCUAUCUGCCUUCUUCGACACCAGCGUCGGGGGGAAGAGGGAGCCCCGGAGUUACUAUGAGAUCUGGCAGACGCUGGGAGUGGACAGCCCGUCUCAGAUACUCUUCCUGACCGAUGUCUACCAGGAAGCCACAGCCGCAAGGGAUGCAGGUUUUGAGGUGCUCAUAUCUAUCAGGCCUGGAAACGCGCCGCUCCCCGAUGACCAUGGCUUCCAGACCAUCACGUCGUUUGCACAGAUCUCUGUCUGAAUGCCUCAACUGGCUUACCCCUGUAUAUGGACAAAAGCUGUGUGUUAUCUACAGGGCAUCUGAUUUAAUCGGAA